AUCUAGAGUCCACUAUACCAAUGCAAGUCCAUGAAAAAUACGCGACACAUCCAGAAAUAUAGGCCUUAUUGAUCAAGAAAUCCGCUUCACUUGGGCACUGAGAAACAUACCUCAGCGAGAAGAAACCUCUUUCGCCGAGAAACCCCGUUUACGAUACAAGGUUGUAAUUGAUAUCGAGUAACAUCAAAAUGGCGUCUGAGCCUCUGGAGCUUCCGGUCAUAGACAUGUCAAAGUCACGCACACACCGGGACAAGAUGUCACAAAGCUUGGUUGAUGCUCUCGAAAAUGUGGGAUUUCUGGCAAUAGACAAUGUUGAAGGAUUAGACUUUGAUAUACUGCUCAGGAGUUGCAAGUGGUUUUUUAAACAGCCAUAUGAAAAGAAAAAAUGUUUGCUGCGUAAACAAUGGAAUCCAGAAAAUAAAAAUAUGUUCCGAGGUUACUUCCCGGUCAUACAGGGGGAGCCCAGCCGAAAAGAGGGAUUCGAAUUCGGGCCAGUGUAUCAAAAAUUUGACAGCAAAACGACACGUGCGCCCUGGAUCUACGAAGAAAAUGUUUGGCCCGAGGAAGACGGGGCCAUUGCUUUCAAGUCUGAACUAACAAAAGCAUUUGAUGUCAUGCAUAACACCGCUAUGGAGAUAUUGCGCUUGGCUGCACGCGGGAUCGGAAUUGACGAGAGUGCCUUUAUCGGUUUAUUCGAUGAUAAACCCCUAACUACUUUCCGCAUGAUCCAUUAUCCGACCUGGGAAAGAUCGCCACCGGAAGUGUGUCUGCUCGACAAUGGCAAGGUUAUUACAACGCCGGAACAUACUGACACGGGGUUCAUGACCCUACUUGCGACGUUUGGCUACAGUGGUUUAGAGGUUAUGACAGCAGAUGGUUGUUGGGCAGCAGUUACCCCGCGUUCAAAUAGCCUCGUCAUGAACAUCGGUGACGUAUUCUCACGCAUGCUUGGAGGUCGGUUCCGAGCGACACGUCACAGGGUCGUGGACAUUGGUGAAGACAGAUUUUCAUUUCCAUUUUUUCUUGAACCUUCCUUUAAUGCUGACAUCGGGUUGAAUUUCUUGACAAAAUAUACCGGAAAUGGUCCCGAGCACGUGUCAGAGCUGUACGGCCCAUGGGUGUUCCACCAGUAUAAAUAUGUGAAGAAACAUUUCGAGUAUAGAGUUUUACCAGACGUUUAAAAUCUACUUUCCGUGGAAGCGUACUAUAAAAUGAUAUAUCAUAGAUUACAGAAGAUUAUCAAUCGUACCGAACGGAUUAUCAGUAUCAGAUCAAGUCUUUAGAUUUUAGACUCCGUCAAUGUUCAGAUUUGAACUAUUAGACACUCUUGGUAACGCGAGUAUGGGUGUGUAACAUUCGGGAAACCAACUGCACAGGGAAAGUGUUUCAACAGGAAUAACUCGGUGUGCUAAAGACAUAAAAGGAGAUGAAUUUUGAACAGUGUAUCUCCCAAAAAACAUACCGAGUCCAAAGUUUAGGUGAUUGACAUCAAGGGUCAAUUUAUAACGGUCAAAGUUUAUUUUGCAAUACGUGUAUUCUAUUUCUUUAGUAAAGCAUUGAUUGAUGGAAA